AUUGCGUCACGGUAUUUCGGGAUGUACAAAUGAUGACAAGGAUUGGUAGGCUGUGUGACAUUGAACAUACAGGACACGAAACAGACGAGGUCGUUUAAAGAGCCACACACCGGUUCCAACAUGUCACGUCGCGAAAAACUCUGAGGUUUUUGACGCUGACGGAAAUUCGAGGAGACGUUGCAGCGACUGAACUGGUUUAUUGCUUUCUGGCUGCUGUGCCAGUAUGCUACAACGUCUCUGCGGUUAUCGGCUAUUAUCCUAGCCUAGCGACUCGGUGAAGGGAACUACCCUAGAUUCAGAACAGACUGGAGACGUCAUCAAUAUUUUCCUGUAUUUAAGUGGUUGCUUAUGGGGAGGUCAUUGCUUGGAAAAGGGAGAUUAUUCGGAUAAAGAAGACGGAGUAAGUCAAAAGUGAGCUUAAGAUUUACUGGGUGUCCUAAAUGGGGGACUACGGGUUUGGAGUUCUGGUGAAGAACGGCAGUGGCAACAAAUCUACUUUCCCUGUAAGGAUCCCUCCUCACCUGCAACCCCAGCACUCUCACCACCCUUCCAACCCCCCCAGCCCCCCGUCCUUUGUAAACAACACCUGCUCCACCAAUGGGGGAAGUGCUUGGCUGUUCCCUGCUGUAACCCCGCACACUAACAUGCAAGAUGAGAUUCUGGAGUCAGAAAAGUCCAAGGCCUUGGACCUCCAGGAUAUGCAGGAGAAAUCUCAGGUCCAGGCCCAGCCUCAGCCCCUGUCUCCAGGCCAGCAGGAGGCCGGCGGAGGCUUAGGAGAGCUUGAGGGAGCUCUACCUGACGACGGCUCCCUGGAGAAGGGUACUUUGGAGAGCAGUGCUGGCAAGGAGAAGCUGAGGAUGGAGUCUCCGGUGCUAAGUGGCUUUGACUACCAGGACACCCUGGGAAUGGGUACAAGCUGUGCACAAUCCACUUCUUCCUCAUCUUCUCUGACCAGCUUCAACAACUGGUCUCCUGCUGUCCCAUCUACCCAGUCUCCUGUGGUUGGGGAAGACGUUGGAGGUUUCUUUGGUCCCGCUGGCUCCAAUGCUAAUGGACCACAUUUGCUGUUCCACAACUUCUCCCACCAUGCUGGCCCUGGCUUUGGAGCAGGAGGUAGUUUCUCCCCACAGAUUGGACCAGUCUCCCAGCAUCACCCUCCCACACCUCACCCUCAGCACUACCAUCCCCAGGGACAAGGGGUUCCACAGCAGCACAGGCGCUCCCCAGCUAGCCCUCAUCAACCCCAGCCUUCCUUCCCUCCACAUCCCCAUCGCACUGGACCAUUUACACAGCUGCCCCACCUUGCUCCUACCCAGAACAAACCUUCCUCCCCUUGGGGAAGCUACCAGAGCCCCUCCACUCCCACAUCCACCUCGUGGAGCCCAGGUGGGUAUGGUGGCUGGGGAGGUACACAGGGGAUUCGGGAUUACCGACGGGGUGUUGGCGGCGGGAUGUCAGGCCUGAACUCUAUUUCGCCACUGAAGAAGUCCUUCCCUAACAAUCAGGUUCCUUUGCAAAAGUUCCCCAGAAAUAGCUCUGGCAUCAACCACAAGGGCUGGGUGGAGGACAGCAUGAGCCGCAAUGACAGUGUUUAUCCUUUCCAGCAGGAGAGAACACGGUCCUUUGAUGGUUUCAGUAUGCAAUCUCUGGAGAACUCUCUGAUUGACAUUAUGAGGGCUGAGCAGGAUUCCUUAAAAGCAAGAAGUUAUGGGAGAAGACGAGGUCAUUCGUCUUUGUUCCCCAUGGAGGAUGAGCGCUCUUUUGGAGAUGAUGAGUCAGGUGACCAGGGGCUUGCUGGCCUCGGUCCAGGCCACUGCUUUGCAUCCCUUAAUGGUGAACGUGUGGAGCGAUAUUCACGCAAGGUGUUUGUUGGAGGGCUGCCCCCAGACAUAGAUGAAGAUGAAAUCACUGCCAGUUUCCGUCGGUUUGGUCAUCUUUUCGUGGACUGGCCCCAUAAGGCAGAAAGCAAGUCCUAUUUUCCACCCAAAGGAUAUGCAUUCCUGCUGUUUCAAGAUGAGAGCUCUGUUCAGGCCCUGAUUGAUGCCUGCAUUCAGGAGGAUGGCAAGCUUUACCUGUGUGUCUCCAGCCCCACCAUCAAAGACAAACCGGUCCAGAUCCGGCCCUGGAAUUUAAAUGAUAGUGACUUUGUAAUGGAUGGUUCUCAGCCAUUGGACCCAAGGAAGACUAUCUUUGUAGGAGGUGUCCCUCGUCCCCUGCGUGCAGUUGAGCUUGCCAUGAUCAUGGACCGUCUGUAUGGGGGAGUGUGUUAUGCUGGGAUCGACACAGAUCCUGAGCUGAAGUAUCCAAAAGGGGCAGGGCGAGUGGCCUUCUCCAAUCAGCAAAGCUACAUUGCAGCCAUUAGUGCCCGAUUUGUUCAACUGCAGCACGGGGAGAUUGAUAAACGGGUGGAAGUGAAGCCAUACGUCCUGGAUGACCAGCUGUGCGAUGAGUGCCAGGGCACUCGCUGCGGAGGGAAGUUUGCUCCUUUCUUCUGCGCCAAUGUGACCUGUCUGCAGUACUACUGUGAGUACUGCUGGGCAGCAAUCCACUCCCGGGCCGGCCGCGAGUUCCACAAGCCGCUGGUGAAGGAAGGAGGGGACCGACCACGACACAUCUCCUUCCGCUGGAACUGAGACAAGAGACCUGGGAGGGACUGAGAGAAAGGGGUAGUUAAGGGCGGGGUAUGGGCUAUGAUGAAAAAUAAAUGCACUUUUCUUUUAAGUUGAGAAAAAAAAAAUGGUAAUAUUGAUAAUUUAUUUUUAUUUUUUUAUUUUUUUUAAACUUGGGCCCACAAAAAGUAAAUGCUAAGAAGAGUGAAAUCCCAUUUAUGUUUUGACUUUGAGUGUGCAUGAGCAUAUGGAUGCAUUAGAUUUGGAUUUGUGUUUCUUGUUGACUUGACUAUAUUUUUUUCCUCUUUUUUUCAUGUUAGCUGGCAAAGCUGCUUACAUUUGUUGAUGAGAGUAACAUAAAAUUUAAGUGAGGUUCAUCACACCUAAAUCAGUAUACUAACUAUGGGAGUUUAGGAAGGGUGCAUUUUCUUACUUUUUGCUUGCAGGAUUAGAGAACAACUGUACAAUUUACCAAAGGUUUAAUGUAAAUGGUUGAGGUGAACAGUGGUGGAACUCUGUUUCAGAUGGAUGGAUGGAUGAUUGAGUUUUCCAAGCAGCUCAGCGUAUAGCAUCUGGCCACGUCACAAAAGACGAAAAAAAAAAAAAAAAAAAAAAUCUCCCCCUCAGUUCAGUACACAUGUUUAAGAUUGUCAGCAUGAGUUUUCAGGUCUUGGUUUAAAAGUCAACACUUUGUAACCAGAAAGGGCAAACCAAAGAUUGGCCUAAACACAUCACCUAAAACAGUCAUUGAUCUGAGGGUAAUCAGGAUAACGUUCUCAUACAGUGGAGGAAUGGCUGGAGUUUUGGUUUGUGAGUUUCAGCUAACAAAGACACAGCCCUCAGGGCUCAGGUAUUGGCAGUAGUAUUUACUCACUUUAUAUUGUCAGGGAUAUUAGCACUGGAAGCUAACAUGCUAAUGUAGUACAAACUAAUGGGAAUGCACAGUCCAGUCUCCCUGAGUUGUCCUCAUGGUGUACCACUGCACGCUCUACCGUGACUGGAGCUUCUCUCACAAGUGUUGUGGUUGGAUAUGGUAGUAGCUAGAAUUUGCUGUCACAGAGAUAAAGAUAUUAUUUUAUACAUGGCCUGCUGAUUUUUGUACAGUGUUUUAUAGCUGAUUAUUUUGUCAUGAACAUAUAUACAUUUAUUAUGCACUACUUUUCUAAAUAUUUUUUUCAAUAGUCAUUUUAGGCACAUUUUUCACAGAUGGGAGAACUCCUUUUGCAAUACCUCAUUUUUUUCACUUGGUGAAAAAUAAUUUUGUACCUUUGUUACUAAGAGAUCUGCAUUUAUGGUAAACUUAAUUUAACAAAAAAAGAAUGAUAUUAAUAUAAUUUUCAAUUAGCUUUUAUAUAUUUAAGUGCUGGUAAAUCUGAAAAUUGUCUGGUGCAUUGGUGUGAUUCUGUAGAUUUAAAAAAACAAAACAACAAAAAAAUAUAAAGCUAUCAUUAGCCAGUCAUAUAUGGAUUCUCCUCUGUCCUAAUAAACAUCAUUACAGGAUCCUAAGGCAUGGCAAGACCUUUCUAAACUGAUUUUGAUAGUCUUGAAAAUGCAUAUAAUCUGAUAUUUUGCUCCUAGGUGUAGUCACUAAGAUUAUCAUUAGGGUAAAUGUUUUGGCUUUGAUCAAUGUGAAAUCUUCCCUUCUAUCACCAGAGUGGAUAUCAGCUGUUUGAAUAUUUAGAUCCUCUUUCUGGGACUGCCUGUGAGUUCUACUUAUUCUUGGCAUGCAUAAGAAAUAAAAUGACUAGUGAUAAUGCAGGACCUAAUGUAAUGCACUAGAUCUCCUUUUUUUUCUCUUUGACUUUCUUUAUUUCUCUUUGAGAUUGCCUCUCUUGUAGCCUCUCUUUACAUGAUGGAGUCUGCCUUCCUUUACACAGACGUGAUGUUUAUGCAAUCUACACGGUGACAACACUUUAGGUCUGUUUUUUGUAACAUAGAGGACACUCAGUAGGACAUAGGUGAGGAGACUUGAUCACUUUGACCCCCUUUGUGAUGUGGCAUGCUUUGGGACAUAACCUGAAUGUGAUUUAAUGUUGCAAGUUAACUUUGAGCCAUUAUGUGCAAUACUUAUUCUUUCCAGAAACAGUUCUCCGCAGUGUAAGUCAUUCAGUCCAUAUAAACCAUGCAGUCAUUUACACACCUUUGUUUCCUAUUGUUCAUGCUGAUGUCUGCAAAAGGAAAAAAAAUAAUUUAUACCUGAAUUUAUUUUUAAACAUUAGUUUUGUGCUUAUUAACAUAUUUUGCUACAACCAUGCUACUGUGAUUGAAAACAUUGUAUAUACUAGGUCGAUAAUGUAUUUACCGUUUGCUAUAUUUUCAGUUGAAAUGAAUUACUAUCAUUUUGAUCAGUUUUUUCUUUCUUUUUGUCAUAUUUUUUUUUGGGGUGAUGUGUUCAACUCGUUGACGUGUCUAGUUUUUCUAAUUGCUGUAUCUGUGCUCCACAUUUUCACAUGGGAAAAAAUGAUUAUGUCUGUUAGUAUUACUUGAUUGCAAAAUUUCAAUAGUUUUUAAUUAAAUGAUGGGAAGCUUAUAUUUAUUAACUUUUUUUUUUUUUUUUACCUGAUAUCAUUUUGAUUUUUUUUUUUAAAGUCAUUUCACAUUUAUAUGUAAGUUCCAAUUUUUAUAUUUUCUCGAUUAAUUUGCGCUACAAUACAGACGUCAGUUUUUAUAGUUGGUUUGUAGUACUGAAGUAAAACAAAGAUCUAAUGUCAUAUAUUCAUUUGCUGCCAACUGUUUGUAACUGUAUGCAUACAUUUGAAGUAUUUGUAAUGUGAGAUGUUGAACGAAUAAAAAAAAAACGCUGUGAG